GAUCUGUCAGCCGAAGUGCUUUUGAAAUUGAUUUAAUUUUUUUUUAUUACAUAGCACAGUUUUCAAAAAUAUUUCAGUGCCUGACAUUCAAAAAUGAAAAGGACCGUUUUCAGGUUUGACAGACAGUUUUCUUUCUUUUUUUUUUAAACUUACAAUUCAGAGCCUGGGUAAGUUACUUUAUAAUCAGCUUAGAUAAGGAACAAAUCAGGCUGCAGGCUGAUGGCAGAGCCUAUUUUUAACGUUCCCCUCCUCACCUGGCACAUCAGCUUUAAUUUUUUCUUCGCUGUGAGAGCUCAGAGAUGGAAUAAAUAACAACAAACAAAGCAGAUGUCACCUUCAGCACUAGUGCUAAAGCAAAUAAAAUGACUCAAGAAAAAUCUAGCUGAAGUCAUUCCUGGUAAGAAACAGCACAGCUGCCCAGUGCUUUGUGUGGAGAGUGGGUUUCCCAAGUGAUGCUAAGUCUUCCCUUAUUGCUACCUACAGGUGAGGGACUUUUCUCUGCAGUCAGGAAACACCAAGCAUGGAAUGCAUCCAGUUGGAACAUACCAGGGGAAUGGCCACCAUUCAACCCUUUGGGUGAAACAGGCACGGUACAGAGCACGAGAAGCAAAGUGAGUUCCCUUGCUAUGUCUGGCUGCUGUGUCCGUGGGAGAUCUGGAAGGCAGUCCAGAGAAAAUACACUUCAUGGAAGGAAUGAGAAGAAGCACAUGGCUGGAGAAUGCCCAGGAAGCAGAGUGUGUCCCUUCAGGAACAGAUGGGACUAGCUUGCAUGCAGAAAUGUGCCUGCUGUUGUUUGUUCCCUGCUGUAUUUCAGGAAUAAAUGAUUCUUGUGCCACUUCAUAAAUAAACAGGAUUAUACUGGAGUUAGUGGCUCCUUUUUUCAUUUCCUCCUUUUCAAAACAUCAUAAGAAAGCUAGGACUUUGCAUAAUUAAUAAACCUUUCAGCAUCUUUUCCGCAAUUAGGCCUGAAAAGACCCUUUGUAUCUCAAAGCAGGAUGGUGAGAGAUGUGCAGCUGAAGAUCCAUCCAGGACCUGAGGAACCAAGUCUGUGCUCAUGGAAGUGAGUCACAGACUGUGACCCUCAGACUGAUUUCUCAAUUUCACCUUGUCUUGCUGUUCUUCAGGGUGUGUCAAUGGUAAGGACAGAACAAGGUGUUCUUUGGCUGUGAGGGUUUGUGCUCCUAGUAUGGAUGCUGCACCUUAAUUGUGAGCUGCACUCAAGUGCAGACUGGUUAGGGGAAUUUUUAUUGCUAGAUGUUCAGGAGGUGGAGAUCACGAGACUUCUGAAUGCUGGAUAGGUUUAACAAGAAGAGCCGUAGAAAAAUAAUGAAGUGGUAAGUGAAUCAACUAGUAAUUGUAAUAGCUAGGAGAACUGCAUAACCAAUGUGGAUGGUGCUGAGCUGUUUUUAAAACUCCUUACUUGUUUCAUAAGGCUUCAUUCUUGCUGGUAUUUGAAAUCAAUACCAAUUUUCUCACACCGCUCUUCAAUCUACUUGAGUCUUCAAGCCUACACUUCAACGCUGAUUACAUGUGGCAGACUGCAAAUGGUCUCAGGAUGUCUCACUUUGUACAAACAGCAUUUGACAGUCCUGAGCCCAAGGAGGGAAGGUACUGGGAGAACUGGGAGGCUUCCUGAACAUGCCUUCCCUCAAUUCAAACACCACGAGCACAGAUUGAGAAGUCUCUCAGCCCUUUCCUAGUGCGGAAUUUCUCUAGGAAGUAGCACCAAAUGGAAGAUAGGACUUCUGGAUUCCUUCCCUGCUAUUCUGUGCUGAGCUCUGCCUUCUGGUAAGACCUGUGCACCUCCUGGAAGAAAGUUUUCUUCCUCCUGCACAAGUGAAUUCAUCUGAAAGGUGAUAUAAAUGUAGAGAUAGCAAUGAGUUCUUAAAUAACAUUCAUCAAAUUAGGUAGGUAGAAUAAGUGAUCAUUACUCUGCCUUCAGCACAAGAGUACAUCAGUGUGCUCUGCAGACAAUAACAGUGGUGAGUGCAGAGAACAGAAGGUUUCUAAGCUAUAUUGUGAUUAUUAUCAAUUACUCCAAGGCAUUUUAAUCUAGAGAGAAAACGUAGAAAAUGAAUCACGGGCAGAAUAAUAAUUUCAGUUCGAAAGAGACCAUCUUGCCCUGGGAAUGUAUGGUUUGAGUGUGGCUCCUGGGUGCUGUGUGCUAAAUCACUUGUGAGGCAGAUGUAAGUGAUUGGCUGGCACAGAAAGCAGCUUCAGAAGCCACACUGUAAACAGAGCAGUGCUGCGAGGCUCUGAGGAAGGCACUGCGUGCAUUGGAGCACUGUGACAGCGGGGAACAGAGAGCACUGAGACCACACACUGCUCCCAUCUCUGCUUCCAUCUCUGCCUGCUGUGGGCAAGGACUCCAUUAAGGCAGAGGGGAGGGCAGCUCUGCUUCGUUAUCAUCCCUGGGCAUUUCGUUUGGAUGAGAGUUGAGAAGGAAUAUUUCCAUGGGUACGGGAUGAGAAGCAUGAAAAGGUGAUUUAAAGUGGACGACCUGUCUGGAGGUGCUGGUGUUGCUGGCAAACAGCAGUGCUAAGAGUUGGAGGAAGAGGAUGAAGGCAGGUGCCCUCCUGAACCGAGCUACCUAUCAAAGCUGAGAGCAACUGCUGGAGUCGUACUCCUGGGAAGAACAACAGGAAUUCAGGGGUGCCAUGGAUUCAGAAGCAGAAUUAUAGCUGUUGCCAAGCUGCCUUAAAACGGAGAUAGGACACUACUGGAAAACAACCUAAGAAAGAACAGUUUGUCCUGGGAAAGCAGGUGGCCAAAAGGCCGUUCCUUCCUUGCUCCAUUACGCUCUCUGGCAGUGUUCUUGUCCGUAUGUGCAAGAGCUAGGAAAAGCCUAGGCAGAUCUGUAGCCAAAACAAAAGAAACCACUUUGAAAAAGGUUUGGAGCAUUCUUGCAACAUGGCUGACCAGGAGACCGAGGACUUAGCAGCAGAAAGCCUCUUGGCCAAGUCUAAGAUGCAUCCCAGCCUCCCACCGUAUGACAUGGAUGACCAGCUCCUUCCCAGGGAGCCACGGAGCACCUGUGGCUGCUGGACAUGGGCUUUGCUGAUAGCCACCAUGAACCUCUUAGUCUUUUUCAUCAACUUGCUCCUGAUGCUUGUUAUCUUCACCAUUGUGUUGCUUCCCACCAUUGUGGUCGUUUACUUUGGCUUCCAGUGCCACUCUCGGGUGCUGCACUCCACUGCCCGCUACUGCAGAACCAUCCUGGAUGACAACAGCUCCUCGGCCCUCAUCAUCCUGGGCUUCGUCAUCAUGUCGCCCCUCAUCGUGGUGGCCAUGGCCACCUACUGCAGCCUGGCCAGGCGCCUUCGCCUCCUCAUGUGCUUCCAGCCGUGCAGCCGGGCCCUGUACAAGGGUGUGAAGUGGCGCUGGUAUGAGGAGGGCGGUCUGUGCGGCUGUGCCAGGGGCUGCAGCCCUCAUGUCAAGGCCUGGGUUUGAGCCAGAGGUUCCAUCCCACCCAGCGUGCCCUCCUCCCUAUCCUGACCCUCCCCGCUGCCUCCCAGCAUCACCCUGAGACCCCUGUGGAGCUGUGCUCGUUGUGAGCAAGAGAAGUGUUCGUGAGCCACCUCCUAUAGCUUUGUCUAUAACGUAGUAGAUUGCUGCCUGCCACCAGGGAGUGAUUGUCAGUGCAGCUCCUUGGUGUUAAAGACAACGUGCAACAGAAUGGGAACUCCUCCAGGACCUGCUGUGCUCAUGGCAGCUCUAUUUCCAGUCUUGACAGCAUGGUCACAGAGGUCUCCUUGGGUUUGGCUGCUGCUGGGGAAGCAUCCAACCAUAAGGAAGCAGCUGGGGUUUCCUUCAGUGCUGGGCAGUCCCAACCUCUGUAGGUCACUGCUUUUACAGUGCUGGAGAUCUGCAGAGUUCCUACGCACCAGAUGUUCUUCCCCAGUUAACAACUCCUCUUUCCCAUAGCCUGUAGCAGUGCUAUGCUCGUUUUCCUGUCCCUGGGCCAGGUUGUUGGGCUGGCUGCAAAUAUACACACUGUUCUUUGGGUCUGUCCCCCUCCAGCUGCUGAUCUGAAGCGUGCUUGUCUGGUGAUAGCUGGUGGGUAUUAACCUGCAAAUCACUCUUUGUCCUUUGCUGUGGUUUUGUUCAGCUCCAUUUUAAGGCUCCUGGCAGGACAAGCUGGAGAUCUCCAGUGGCCUCAGGGUCACUGCAGGCUCUUCCAGGGCUGGGUAAGAGAUCUCAGAGACAGUGCCUUGCUCUGAGACACCUGGAUGUAGCAUGAGUGCUGCACAAUGCGAAGAGUGGAUGUGAGAAGGUAUGGCAGCUGGGUGUAGGACUGUGUGAUGCUCCAGGUGGUCCCACUGGAGCAGGUUUGGACCAGAUGAUCUCCAGAAGUCAUCCCCAGCUGUGUUGUGAUGCUUUUCUUUAAGUCCCAAUGGGUUCAGGCACAGCAUCAGUGGGGCUGUGUGCUGCUGACCGCUGCGAGCUCCGUGCUCCCCCCGCUGCUCUUCCUGUCUGCCAGCUAUUGCCAUUGCAAGUGCUAUGUGUGAAUAAAGAUCAUGCUGAAUCUCCACUGGAGGAGUUUCUGUUCUGUCUCAUAGUACAGGCUGCACCAGAACCAGCUGGCUGCAGCCCAUUGCAAACUCUUGUUCUAUCCUCAAAUAAUCAGUGGUGGCUACGGAUGAAAGUGGAUUGGAUUGUAGCACAGGCUGGUACUCAGCCCAGCCACCAAACAGAUGGGGACAGGGAAAGCUGGAGGUAAAUCAAAGCUGGAGCUUUGAGCAGUUAGAGCCAUUGGUUGGGGCUUUGGCCAUUGUGUUGUUUUGUGAUGGUUAUAGGCUGAACUCCGGACUCCAGCAGAGCUCUGUGCUGUUGGCCAGCAGUGUAAUAUAUCAGCUUUGCUGACUCCCUCUGAAUGUACAACUGAGCUGUUCUGCCAGCCCUUGUCACCAUUUAGUCCAUUCUGGCAGCUGCAGCAAACCAGUCUCAGCUAAAUCACCUUCACAGUGCUUCAGGUGAAACUGGUCUGAUAUGUCUCAUUUACAGUUCAAAUUACUGCUGAAUGCUUCUGUGUACUGAGUGAACAAGACUGUUCCAGCCCAUAGCCUGAAUGGUUGGAGGAACACAGAUUUUUGCAUUUUAAGGCUAUUACCAUUGUUACAGGACUUUGCAGGGUGGGAGCACAGAGUAAACAUUCUUGUUCUUUUCCUGGUCUGACCUGAACUCACUUCCCAGGGUGCAGAACCUGACCAAUAACUCUGCUGGAAGUCCCCUUCUGCAGCUCCAUAGGGCAUCUUGCAGAAUAUCAUACAGUGUAUAUGCA